AUGAUGAAGAAGCCCCUCCAAGCCCCGGUCCAACAUCUCUCCCGCUCCCUCCCUCAACUUUCCAACACACCUGUUUGCCACUGUCCGGUUUGUUGUUCCUGUCGAGCUGGUGAUAACCGCCGGUCCUGGAACACCCCCUGUCCCCUUCUUUCUCUUACUAUUCCUGAGAAAUCAACCAGACCUUCAUCAAUGAUCUCGCCUGGUUCCCAAUCCCUGACAACAGAUGUUACCCUGACUCGGAAGACGAGUUUACCUCCUUCCAACUGCAGCUCUGAAGUCGAGAAUGUCCCUGAAUCUGCUGGAGACAGUACUUCUGCUGGAGACAGUACUUCUUCCUUUCUGAGUGCUGAAACUAGAAACUGUCAUGUUAGAAGGUCAUGCCCUGACUCGACUAAGAGGUGCAGUGUAGAGGAAGACAGCCCUCUUCUGUCAUUUGGGCGGAGGAAACGCUUCCGACGACCCCGGCAAGGAGUUCCGACAGUGCAGUUUCACACACAUCUACGAACAAUGCUGGGAUGGUACGAAGAAUUUGAUGACGCCCAGAAGAACGACUUUUUAAAACAACUUCUAGAAAUUUCCAACUCUCCCCAAACCCACCUGUUGUCGACCCUGAUGGCUCCAAUACUUCAUGCUAACUGUCCACACAACUGUACUGAUAUACUUUACUGGUUGCCACCUGGACUCAGCUUAGAGAUACUGGGAUAUUUGGACGCGUAUUCCCUAGCAGAGUGUCAGAAAGUUAACAAAUACUGGUAUCGUUUGAGUUGUGACACAAAGCUGUGGAGAGAUUUGUGUUUCAGACCUUUUUACAGGCUCGGAGCAAAGGUAGCGUCAAAACAAUUGGAGAUAUUCAAGUCUCGGUACGGGUAUAUACCUUGGAGACGAGUGUUCAUAGAGAGGUACAAAUUACAACACAACUGGUUGACUGGUAACUGUUACGUGAGGACGUUUGAGGGACAUACACAGGGCAUCACAUGUGUACAGUUCGACGACUUCAGAAUUGUUAGUGGUAGUUCUGAUAAGACUAUAAAAGUAUGGAGCACCAGAUCCAACACCCCCUGGGGCGGAUUAACACUAAGAGGACAUAGUGGUACUGUUAGGUGCUUGCAUCUCAAUAAUAACCAACUUGUCAGCGGUUCAAGCGAUUGUACGAUUAAAGUUUGGGAUCUUGCUGAAGGAGUUGGAUGGUCAAGAAGUAGAUGUACUGUAACUAUGGUGGGCCACAGUCAUACAGUCAGAUGUUUACAGGUAGGUCUAGGGGUUGUAGUUAGUGGUUCCUACGACCACACCCUAAAGAAAUGGCGACUGAGCACUGGGGAAUGUCUAGCCACUCUACGUGGACAUUUGGCAGCUGUGUUGAGUGUACAGUUUGAUUGCAGCAAGAUAGUCAGUGGUUCCUGCGAUAACACUAUUAAGGUGUGGAGUUUUGAUACAGGAGAAUGUUUGGCGACACUAUCUGGUCACAACAACGCUGUCACGUGCAUACACUUCGACCAUUCCCGGAUAGUAUCUGGGAGUUUAGAUACCCAAAUAAAAGUUUGGGACAUCAAAAGUGAGAGGUGUAUUCAAACACUCGACUGGGCGAGUGCUGAAGGACACACUGGUGUUGUGAGAUGUUUACAAGCAGAUACCUGGAGGAUUGUUAGCGCUGCUGAUGAUAAAACAAUCAAGGUGUGGUCACUAGAGAGCGGAAAGAGACUGGUAACACUGCGAGAACACACUGACGGCGUCACGUGCCUACAAUUUAACGAUCUAAAGAUAGUUUCGGUUACCUGGAAUAAAGACAGUUUAUAGUUAGCAAGAAGAAUCAGGUUGAUCAUUCAUGGAGGAACUAUUGUGUAUUGUUGUCGUGGCUAUUUAAGACUUUUCGUGGACUAAAACUCUGAAUUAAGUAAUUUGUUACAAGAUGUUUUACUUCUUUUCACACUAUAUUUUAUUGGCCAUUACCUCAUUUUCUUUAUUGUUUAUUAUGAGAUUUGAAAUUGACACCGUGCGGGUAUUUUCCUGAGAACAUUAAGUAUUACCACUAACAGAUUGAGAGUAUGUUAUGAAAACUUUAAGUUUGUACGGUUCAUAAUGAUAUUGUAUAUCGUUUGUCUUUUAACUACAUAAAAGAUUGAUUAAUUUAAUGAGACUCAA